GAGUUCUUUCUUACAUACUGCAUGACCUAUCUUUUUUAUUGUUUAAAUCAAUUUGGCUCGGAAUCCUUUUUAAGAAAAGGUUAUGAGGGUGUCUACGCUCAAAAGUUUGACUUUAUUUUUCGUUGAAGUUGUUGGCUAUAGGGAAAUCUUUUGGUAUAUUGUGACCUACAAGAACGUUCAAGGGAAAACCCCAAGGGAGAGAAGUAUUAUUUGUGGUCAAAAUUUAGCUCGAAGAAUGGAUAAUAAACAGUUUCAAGGAAAAAAGGCACUUGUAACGGGAGCUGGCAAAGGAAUCGGCCGCGAAACUGCAAAAAGACUUGCACAGCUUGGUACACACGUGGUCGCACUAAGCAGGACCCAAGAAGACCUGGACUCUCUCAAAUUUGAGAUUCCAUCGAUAGAAAUAGUGCAGUGUGAACUACAAGAUUGGGAUUGCACCCGCCGGAAAGUGCAAGAAAUCGGCGCCGUGGAUUUUCUGGUCAACAACGCCGGAGUUAACAAGCUGGACAGGUUCCUUGAUGUGAAAAAGGAAGAUUUGGAUUGUAUAAUGAACGUUAACUUCAAGGCGGUAUUCAACGUUGCUCAGGUUGUCGCCGCCGGCAUGGUGGACCGGAAGUGUGGGGGUGCCAUCGUGAACGUCUCGAGUACGGCCUCCAUGCGCGGACUCGAGGAACACGCCGUGUACUGCGCGUCAAAGGCCGCCGUCGACAAGCUGACGCACGUAAUGGCGCUCGAACUCGGGAAACAUAAGAUUCGUGUGAACUCGGUGAAUCCCACUGUUGCCCUCACGGAGCUUGGUCGAAUGGCAUGGAGCGACCCGGCAAAAGCGGACCCUAUGCUGGCCCGAAUACCAAUGGGACGUUUUCUCGAGGUUUCGGAAAUUGUCGAUGCCAUCGUGUUUUUACUGAGUGACCAGGCGUCCAUGAUUCACGGAGUCAAUUUACCUGUAGAAGGCGGCCUUCUGACGAGUUAACGCCACAUGUCCGUCUCACAACGAUCGAAAGAUUUGAAUUAGUUUUGAUCUAGGGUUAGCCCAAGUGAUUUGUGCGGUGCUUUGUUAAUGUUUGAAGAAUUAUUACGGUUAAAACUUCAACCAUCGUUCUAUUGAUACGAGCCUUGCUAUGGGUUAAAUUGUGCAUAAGGUGUCGUCCCAGAUUAGCCUGUGCGGACUGCACAUGCUCAUCAGUGACGAAACUUUCCAUCUUAACUGGAAUUUUGCUAAGAAGGCAUUUCUUAUAAACGCAAAUUUCCUUAAAAGCAAAAAGUGUCGUCCCUGACAGGCUAAUCUGGGACGGUUCUUUACGCACAAACAUUAAGACCCGUUUUCCCAGAGCGAGGCUUAUUUAUUAUCACGAAUGUGUGGUGUGCCAGAAGGCGCUGUCUCUGAUGUCUUUCAUUCGAAUAGUUCGUAGAGGUUGUACAUUGAAAAAAGUGUUACACGAUCCUAAUAAUUUCCAUAUUGUUUUAAACGCAAACAGACGACUCAUGAAUAAUUUUGUAUUAGUAAUUUUGAUGAAUGAACACGGGGACACAUGGCAAGUCAAUCCUCGCGACCAUUAUGCAAUGUAUUUGUCUGCGAUAAUGUUAUUUGUUAAUAAAUUGUGCAUCAAAUAA